GUGCUUAGGAUGAGAGUCUCAACUUUGAGAACUGGGAGGAGUUGGAUACCUAUCUUUUUGACAAAUUGAACCUUUCCUCCUUUCCUUGAUACACAAAAUUAAGGAAACUCAUGCAGCGUUUAGAAUAAUUUGUGAUGAUAUGGCAGCAAUUGGAAAUUCAUUUGUCAAAGUAAGGAAGAGUUCAUCUGGGUUUACAGAUGUCCUGAUAUCUACAGCUUGUGAAUGGUUUUUAAUAUUUCUGCUGCUCGUUGAUGCUAUAUUAUUAUAUUUUCUAACAAAAUUUGCAAGUUAUUGUAACUUACAACCUCCUUGUAUUUUGUGCUCGAGGAUUGAUCAUCUCUUAGGCAAUGAAAAACCCAAAUUUUAUCAGCAUAUGCUUUGUAGCAACCAUAGAUCAGAGAUAUCAUCUUUGAUUUCUUGUCACAUUCAUGGUAAGCUUGUUAGUGGCAGUGGAAUGUGUGAGGAUUGUCUUUUGUCAUUUACCAUGAAGAACAACUCAAGCCAAGAAACACACAGGUUGUUGGUCAGUAUAUUGGGAAUGGAUCUUGUUGGUUAUGGUUUCCAGAGCACGUUACAGAAUGAUGAUUUUAUUUCUAGUUCCAAGAGUACAAAGCUAUGCUCUUGUUGCAAUAAGCCUUGGAGGUCAAGACAAAAGGCUCAAAGACUACAACAACUUAAAUUACCUAUGAGUGGUUUAUCUAGUAAUUACAUCCAUUUAUCGAGCCAUAGCCAGCUAAACCGCCGACAUAGGUUGAAGAAGAUAAGGGAUAAAUUUUUUGGUUUAGAGACAUCUCAUUUGCUUGGAAAAAGUGGCUUUGAUUCCUUGUUGCAUGUUGGAUACUCCAAGUUGAAGAUCACUUUUGAUUCUGAGUAUGAGGUCCCAUUUAUUGAUGAUGAUGGAGGUGGUCAUGUAAUCCCUAAAAAAAGUGAGCCUAAGGGAGAUUCUAAAGUUCAAUGUACAUCAAAAACUCCCACCAAAACAAUUCCCAAAGGUUUAGAUCUAAAGCAGCCAACCCAUCAUUAUAAUCCUAUGUCUUUACUUGUAGAUCCAUCUGUGCAACCUGAUGUUAGCCAACCCCAAGAUAUGGAAUUCUUGGUUUCAAAUGUUGCUACUGACCAUGGAUUGAGUGAACUUAAUUGGCUCCAAGUCAAUCAAAAGUUUGACCCUUAUGCAUUGCCUGAGCUUACUUCACUAGAUGACAUUCCUCAAGUAGCCAAUGUAAUGGAAGUAUCUUCUGGAGAAUCAACAAAAGGCUCUCUCAUGCUUUCUCAUUUUCAAAGAUCGAAUUCUAUUGCACCAGUUGAGCUUAUUACUCUUGAUGACAACCACCCAUCUGUUGAAGCAUCAGCAGAGAAGUUUGCAGAUGCUACUGGAACAAGUGACCUUGGACAUGUGUCUAUCAAUGAGAAUGAGGAAGUAUUAAAUUCAGUGUGUACAGCAUAUGGAACAUCUACUCAUGCUGAUCAGGUCAUAAAGGACCCUGCUAUUAUGAAGUCGAUUCAUUUGGAUCCUAGAGAUGUGUGCAAAUCGGUCAUCAAUGAUAAGGAAAUAGAAAUAUAUGAUAUUGUUACAGGACAACCUAUUGGCAGGGAAAUUGAUAGAGUUAAUGAAGAAUUAAAGCUAUUGCCAUCGCACGAUUUUUUUGCUGAGCAGAUUAUUUUAUCAUCAAGUAGUACAAGUCCUGUAGUGCAUGGUUGUGAUGAGCAGACAAUUGAUACUCUCAAUUCUAAUGGAAAUUUAACUCUGCAGAAAUCAGUUUUCGUGGAAUCAGGUCUUGAAUCUUGGGAUGCAAGUUUAAGUCAAAUUGAAGGUGAAAAUCUUCUUGAUAAGUUAAAACAACAGGUUGAUAAAGACAGGAAAUGCAUUAGAGAUUUGUAUAAAGAAUUAGAGGAAGAAAGAAAUGCAUCUGAAAUAGCGACAAAUCAAGCAAUGGCCAUGAUAACGAGGUUGCAGGAGGAGAAGGCAGCACUCCAUAUGGAGGCCCUUCAAUACUUGAGAAUGAUGGAAGAGCAAGCCGAAUAUGAUGUAGAGGCACUAGAGAAAGCUAAUGAUCUCCUAGCUGAAAAAGAGAAAGAGAUACAAGAUUUGGAAGCGGAGGUAGAAUUUUGUAGAUCAAAUUUCCCCACUGAAUUGUUGGCAGAGAUUAUACAUGAGAGAAAUGAUGGUUUGAAAGAAGAAUGUGUCGUUUUGAAAAGUACUAUUGUCCCAUCCAUAAUAGAUAAUGAAAAUGUCCACUAUAAGUCAAUGAGGACUGAGGUACCUAAAAGCAGUGAUAAACCUUUCGUUGCCAAAAGUCCUUGCUUAGAAUUUGAAGAAGAAAAGUUGUACAUUUCACAACGUUUGAAGAAUUUGGAGAGGAAGCUUCAUCAAUUUUCUUGUGAUAGUACUCUAUCCAACAUGCUUAACGGUGGACAUUUUGAAAAAUCAAUGACAGGUAUAAAUGAUCGAGAAAAAUAUAUUACUUGUAAGAUGAGUCAUCAAUCAGAUUGUCAAAUGGAAGUGAAAGGUUCGUGUAUGGAAAAUGACUUACAUAUAUCUAAUGGAAGCCUUACUUCUCAUGAGGGGCUAGCUGGUUCAAAUUGUGAUAAUCACUAUAUUAGUGAAGGGAAUAAUUUUGUCAAUUCAAGUGGGGAAAAGCAUUUGAUGCACCAAAGAGAAAUUGAUUUUGUUGUUCUUGGAAAUGAAAUAUUGGACCUUAAUGAAAGAUUGCAAGCACUUGAAGAAGAUAAUGAUUUUCUUGAACAGAGUCUUAAUUCUCUUCAAAACGGAAGUGAGGGAUUGCAAUUUGUUCAGGAGAUAGCUCAUCAACUGCAAGAAUUGAGAAAAAUUGGGAUAAGAUUGAGAUGUCAAUCUAUUACUUGAAUGAAAUGCAUUGUAACAUGAUGUAUGCCAAAUCACUACAAGGGAUCCAGAAAACAAAACAAGACUAAAUGAAUAUUUCAUCCAGUUGUUGGGAGCAAGAAUUGAAGAAGUCAUGGUUUGUUUUUCCAAUUCGCCUGCAAAUAUGAAAAACCAAGGUAAGAUUUUGCGUAAAAGUACUAUAUUAAGUUAUUGGAAAAACAAGAUUUAUUUAUUAGGAAAUAGGAUGAUUAUAAGCUAUAGAAGUAAUCUCGCGUCCCCCUCUCUUGACCUAUUGAGUUUAUUGAAAAGAUGUCAAGGUGUGUCAUUGUACAAUGAAUGGUUUUUUCUUUUU